AUGGAUAUCCUUGCCUUGAAAAAGGAAGUCGUUCAAGCUCAGUUAGAGUUGUCUGAGACCCAACUUCGAUCUGUGAAAGAAAAUGCCUCGGGGCUAAUCGAGAGAAUGAAGGAGAUUCAACAUUGGUUAGAUUUGGCUAUUUCUGAUAAAGCAAGCUUGGCUGAUGAACUUGAAGUGGACAGAUCUGAGGUGAUCGGGGCCAAUAAAAGAGUUGAUGCUAAAGUUGCUGUCUUUGCUCAAGGCAUUGAUACAUCUGCCACUGAAACAAAAGGGACGGUUCUUAUCCAUAGUGCUGAGCAGCUUGAAAAUUAUUCAAAGACUGAGGAGGCUAAAGUUGAAGAACUUAUUAAAGCAGUUGCAAACUCUGGCGCCAAGGUCAUUGUCAGUGGUGGAGCAGUUGGAGAAAUGGCACUACAUUUUUGUGAGCGUUACAAGCUUAUGGUGUUAAAAAUUAGCUCCAAGUUCGAACUCCGACGGUUUUGCCGUACCACUGGGGCUGUUGCAGUUGUGAAGCUUAGCCAGCCAAAUCCAGAUGACCUCGGCUAUGUUGAUUCUGUUUCAGUGGAGGAAAUCAGUGGUGCUAGGGUUACAGUUGUGAGGAAUGAAGAAGUUGGAAAUUCUGUCUCCACUAUUGUUUUGCGAGGAAGCACUGAUAGUAUCUUGGAUGACCUUGAAAGAGUAGUUGAUGAUGGCGUAAAUACAUACAAGGCAAUGUGCAGGGACAGUCGGAUUGUACUUGGGGCUGCUGCAACUGAAAUUGAGUUGGCAAGAAAACUGAAAGAAUUUUCUUGCAAAGAAACUGGGUAUUGUUUCUGUUGCUUUUGCAAUGCAGUAAUUACUUUCGAAAUGGUUCCUAAGACGCUAGCUGAGAAUGCUGGCCUCAAUGCAAUGGAAAUUAUAUCAUCCUUGUAUGCUGAACAUGCAUCUGGAAACAUUAAAGUGGGCAUUAACUUGGAGAGAGGUGUCUCUGAGGAUGUUUCCACCAUGAAUGUAUGGGACCUCCAUGUCACCAAGUUCUUUGCUCUAAAAUAUGCUGCGGAUGCCGUUUGCACAGUGCUUCGGGUAGACCAGAUUAUUAUGGCAAAACCAGCUGGUGGUCCAAGCAGGAGAGAUCAACCGGCAGGGUUGGAAGAGGAUUGAAUCUUUAUUCACAUCAUAUUAUGUCGAGUCUUCUUUCAUAUCAAUGCAUGAUACAUCUUCUCUGGGCUUGGUUUCUUUCUUUUUUAUUUUUUUGACUUUAUUUUCUUGUUAAGAGAAUGACUCAACAAAAUUUUGAUAACUUUGGAACUGUUUGUAUAUGCCACUUAUAUUACACUUGCUUAGGUUGGUGCCAAAAGCUGUAGUCCGUUGGGUUCCUCCGGUGAUCUUGGGUACUGUAAGCAAAUUGGGUGUCGUUUGCUGUAUGUUAGCAGUCUGUGAUAGUCUGUGAUAGCAUUGUCAAUUUGUAUGCGAGAGCAGAACCCUGCACUCGAACAAUUCUUUUUGUUCUGGUGACU